CUCGUACCAACAUAAAACCUUACCCAAAGUCCGACACGAGGCUGACAACACCCUCGCAGUGAUCGACACGUAGCAAGGCUUUCAAACAACUUUCGAGCACCAGCUCAUAUACGAAUUAUUAUGUAUUUAAUAGCACACAACCACUACUACCUGUACCGCGGGAAACGCCGUAAACGACACUCUUGGAGUUCCUUUGUCUAAGGAGCCUCUAAAGAAUGUCACAAUUGAUGUCCCAGCCUGAGCCAAGUCAAUCAGAUAAGGCCAAACCUCUUCUAACAGCAUCUGUACACGAUGUUCGAUAUUUCGCCUCCCUCCUACGCGGAAUUGGAUUUUCAAACCAAGCAUCUAUGAGAUUUACAGCCGGCAGUGGGAUAACUGUCACUGUCGAGGAAGCGCGAACAUUGCUCGCAACGUCAUACAUCUAUGCGGACCAUUUUGACGAGUGGGCGUUCGAUGUCGACAAUCCACAGGCUGCUCCAUCCCAGUUGUCUGCACCUGAUUUCGAUCGGCAUGCUACAUCAUUUGAAAUCCCUUUGAAUACCUUACUUGAAUGCCUGAACAUUUUUGGAACCGCGAACAUGUCUUCUUCAAGCAGCACAGGCUCAAAGCACAAGCAGUGGCGGCGAGCCGAUGAUGCCUCAGACGACGAGAGGGGCGACGAUGGGCGCCGUCCUAAUGUAAAUCGUAUCGAUCAGCACUUCGGCGGUAACGAGAAGAGGACGAGCAUGCGUCUCACAUACGCGGGGCCAGGAUACCCCUUGACGCUUGUUCUUGCGGAAGACUCAUCAGGACCCACGACGACGUGUGAGAUAUCGACUUUCGAUUCUGAGCCGAACCUGGAGCUCCCAUUCGAUGCUGAACAGACUGCCCUCAAGAUCAUUUUCAAGUCAUCAUUCUGGCUCCGCGAUGCUCUUUCAGAGCUUGAUCCGUCUUGCGAUAAAAUAACGUUGAUUGCCAACCCUGUUGCAGAUGUCCAGAGCAUGCAAAGAGGCGUUCCCGCUAAACCCCUCUUUCGAAUACAGGGAACGGGAGCAUUUGGCAGCACUGAGAUGGACUAUCCGAACGACAGAGAGGUACUAGAAACAUUCGAGUGUUCGCGUAGUGUCUGCUUCAGCUAUCGAUAUGCACAUAUAUCACGCACGCUGCGAGCUUUGCAGAACUCAACAAAGACCUCUCUUCGCCUUGAACAGGAGGGUUUGUUGAGUUUACAGUUCUUGGUACCCGUGCCGAGGCCGCGGGGUGGGAUGUCAGAUUCGUUCAUCGAGUUUCGAGUGAGAUUUUUUUUUAGUUGCGAAGGCCGAGGCUGAUCAGAUCAGUGUCUUGCUUUGGAUGAUGAUGUUGCUCAGUAAAAUGUGUGCCCGGCUGGUGUUACUGGAGAUUGUAACGAGCUAUUGGAUUCCCAACACAGAAGGAAGUAAGGUGGUGUGAUCUGUAUCUCGGCUGGACCGGUGCUUCAAAAAUUUCAUAGACAAAUAACAUGACCUAUGGCAGAUUUCACAUCGGUGUUAUGAAAUGAGUAUCGAUACCCAGAAAUCUAAAUAACGUCUACGCAACAAGUGCGACAAUAUAACAUUUAAAGUAACCCAUCGAAGUACUUGGCAGAGCUGUCUUGUACCUUCGUUGAUGAUAUGGGUAUUGGUGCAGCCUUAGGUGAGGAGAAUGAAGGAGGGAGGUAGUCGGCGAUGAUGGCGUCGAAGGUCGCUGGUGUUGUAGGUGCUAGCUAGAGUGUCAAAUACCUUACAGCAUGAUUUACAGAAGGAUG